AUAUAUAAAAUAUGUAAGGAUGUGCUAAAGAUUUGUUUUUGGUAAAAUGUUCCAAAGGUCCUUGCCGAUUACCUGAAUUGAUACCUUAAUUAGAAACACCAAACAAGUGUAGCUGGUUGAAAAUUAAUGUAAAUUCUUUGAUGGAGUUAUAAUUAAAUGAACAAGCGUGCGUUCUUGAUUGCUCCGCUCCGUCUCCACAGGUAGCCGACAACUGUAUCAUUGCAGCAACAAUUUCCAUUGAUUUCUCCGAUCUGACCACAAGUUCUCAUGGCGCCAACGCCGGCCUACGGCCCACCUAACAACGCCCUUUUCUUCUUUCAUAAAUAGGGUCUUUAGGGUUCGGCUUUUCUGCUCUUUAGUCAAAGGCCAGCAGGGCUCGAUUGAAUUGAAUUGAAUUGAAUUGUGAAUACAUUUUUGUAAGCCUCGCCUCUCUCUCUCUCUCUCAAGCUUUCUUUGUUCUGCAAAAAGAAAAGGGAUCAUGAGUUCUCUGUGAAAGUUAUCGUCUUUAUUAUCUUAGCCUGGAAGUGCUUGCUCUUUCUUGUGAUUGCAAUUGAAGAAUUGGAUCAAUGAGAAAAAGGGCUGCCCUUUAUGCUGUGAAUUUCGAAACUUCUGAUGCCGAUUUAUCAGAAGUUUUCCCGUUUAAAGAUGCUGUUGCUUGUGUAAUCUGAUCGAGCUUCUUCGCCUCUUCUUGCGGCGUCGGAGUCGGAUCGAGCGUUUUUGUUUGUCCGUACGAUGCCUUUCCUGUGGAAGAGGGUGAAGAGCGCCAAGAUUUCUCGAUUGGUGAACGAUCACCUGCACAUCUCGCAGAAACGGCGCGAUGGUUCUUCGCUCGUGGUGGAGACAGGGUUUCCCACCUCGCUCGUUGAUCUGUUCAUCAAGAAUCGCGACAAAUUGAAAAAAUCUUCCAGGAAGAAGUGUCGUAGCCCCCAUCCUCCAUCGCCGCCGCAUAAGGAUGCUAAUGAUCAGGUGAUUGCGGAAUCACCGCCGCCGGCGCUGAUUGCAGGGUUGUCUGAUCCUCCUUUAGACGCUCCACAUUCCUCAAAUUUGGCGCCUUCGAUUUCUGGGGAUUCUUGCGAAACUCAUGUUGCAGGAUCCGGUGGCGGCGAUGCUUCUGCAGGUGCGAAAACUGUGUUUCUAAAGAUGCUUCUGGUGGUGUUUAUCGCUUUGGUAAUGAAGAGAUUGACGGUGGGGAUAACCCUCUCGGCGUUCUUGCUGUUUUUUCUGGAAUUUCUUGGCAAGCGUGGGCGUCGAUGGUUGUGGACAUGUUCAGAUUCAAAAGGGUUCUUGAAUUGGACGAUGGCUAAGGUAGAUGAUUCUCCGACGAGCCUCUUAAAUCAAGAAGUUCAAAUUGGCGAAGCCAAGGAUUAUUUGUCGACCCGUGUGGAGGAAAUUCAAUCGGAGAGUGAGAUCACGACGGAAGGGGUAUCAGAAAUUGAAUCGAAUGAGACAGUAAUGGAGGCAGGGGAUUCGAGGGGUGAAGUCUUGGAACUGAAGAAGAUCAAAUCUCGGAGAGCAAGUAUCAAGAUAAAGAUGAAGAAACUUUUCCCAAAGAAAUUAAGUUCAAGAAAAGAACAUGAGCCUCAAAUGAUUGUUAUUGUUGAUCGGUGCCGGGAAGACAACAAAUCAGAUAAAGAUUCCCAAUUGUCAUCCAUUUUAAUUGCAAGAAACAAGAACAAAGAUGAAGUGCCCCUCUCUGAUGUAGCAGGAUUAUCUGAGGUUAUUGAUGAAACAGCUACAAAGAGCCAAGAAAAGGGCAAAGAAAUCAAUCCAGAAUCAACCAGGAGAUACUUGGUUCUUUGUCUAAUUGCUCUCAUAGGACUGAUUGCAGGUCGAACUUUUGCACUUCUACUGACGUUAUCAUGGUGUCUGUUGUUGAAAUUAUGCGAAAAACUGCCAAGAUUCUUGUCCUCAAAUGAUAAAUCUGGUUAGCUUAUAAGCCCUGAAUUAACCAUUUUGGCUUCUGCUGAGGUGCCUCUAUACCCCUUUCACCUCUCAGAUAUUUUGUGAAGAUUUUAGAUAUACAGAAAGUUCUCUCGUGUUGUCCAGUGAACUGAAAUUAUGUUCUCUUGACCUGUAAAUUUAUAGAUAAGCAAUGGUAAUAAAAUUUUCCAGUUCUUAAUC